AUACUUUAUUGAAGUCAAAUUUGAAUGUAGGACUUUUACUUGUAAUGGUGUAUAUUUCAUGUUUCUAUUUUACUUAAAGAAAUAGCUUGACAAUUACGCUUAUUGGCUUUCUUGCCUCAGUGAGAGAUGAGAUAUUGAGAUGCUGAGAUAUUGACACUCAUAUCUGUAUGGUAAAUAUGAAGCUACAGCCAGCAGCCAGUUAGCUUAGCUUAAACAGGGGGAAACACCUAGCCUGGCUCUGUUUGAAGAGUAACAAAAUCUGUCUGCCAGCACCUUUAAAACUCACUAAUUAAGACAUAAUAUCUUGUUUGUUUAAUUCACACAAAAACUGAGGAGUAAAAACACAGCAAACAGACACAGAUAGUGACUAGCUGGUGAACACAGCCAAGCAUUUAGCAGCUAAGCAGCCAGAUAUUUAUCUCUGGAGUUGGUAGCGACCAAAAACAAGCUAAGAGAGAGUGAAUAUUGGACAAACAUUCACCAAGCGGCCAGAAACAUGACUCCAAAUGAAUGAUAAUGAAGCUCCGUAACUGUCAGAUGUUUGCUUAGAAGAUAAACAUAUUAACUUACAAGUAAUGAUAUAUCAAUAUUGUGCUCAAAACUUGUGUCUGCUGCCCGUAAUUGGUUAUUGCAAGUUUAAGUAAAGGAUCUCAGUGCUUAUUCUACCACUGCUGUUUACAUUGCAAGGAUCCAAAUAUGUACAAAACUCUAUUCUGUCAAGAAAAACACACUUGGAAAGGAUAUGUGUGAUGUCAGGGAUGUUAGAGAGAAGUGGAAUAUUUUCAGUCUGAUGGAUUGCUAAUUUAUGUUUGCUCAACUGUGUGUAUAUCGACAGGAAGGUGAAAACAUUUCAGCACUGCUAGUAGCCCACCAGUAUCCCUGGUCUAGUUAGUGUCAGUCCAGCUGAUAGAGAGGAAUGGUGUGGCAGAGACUGCUGCUUAUCUCCUUUGUCCCCAGCAUCUGUCUGUACACACACACACACACACACUGCAGACACUCUUCCUCCCGUUAGCCUCACUUUGUGUGUCUGCAGCAUCAGAUACCAUUCAGCACAGCACUGACAUCACUCUCUCGCUCACACAAACACACACACACACACACACACACACACACACACACAAUUUUCCGCUGGCUUUCAGUGUUUUUGGCAGCACAUGUAACUAGAGAGGAGAUUCAUUCAUCCGUAGCGUAUUCACUCUGCUAUACAUAACUACGCAAAUAUAAACUGAUCCCUGUUUAAUCCCCUCCCUUCUCCCUGUCACUCUGGUCCUUGACUCUUGCCUUUCUCGUUCCUGGAAAAUCCUGUGUAUCUGUCUCCUCUCUCCUCUCCCUUCUCUUAAUUUCUUUAUCUUCCUCUGCAUGUCUAACAUGCAAUCCGCCCCCCAUCUGUCGCGAUCUCCCUAUACCUCCUCCUCUCCUUGUCUUCUCCCAUUUCCCACCCAUGCAUGUCAAUGUUCUCUCUGUCCUGUCACUCUCUUACUCUUUCCCCAUACCUCUCUCCUCCUAUUUCUCUUCCUCAGCAUGGACGAUCAGAAUUUUCAUGGGAAGGAAUCAAUCUGUCUAUGGAAGACACCACGUCAAUCCUUCCUCGGCUCAAGAGGAACUCAAACGCCUACGGCAUCGGGGCUUUGGCUAAGUCUUCUCUGUCAGGUGUGUCAGGGGUGACCCGUACCAUGAAGGAAAGAGUGACCAAGCCCACAGCCAUGGCUCAGGGUCGUGUCGCUCACAUGAUUGAAUGGCAAAACUGGGGUAUGCAGACGGUGGGUGCAGGGGGCAUCCCCCAGUCCCGCAUCACCACCCAGGAGCGGGAAGAGGAGCGGCGGCUGGAGAACGACGCUUACAGUGACCUCAGUGACGGAGAGAAGGAGGCCCGUUUCGCUGCAGGUAUCUUGCAGCAGUUUGCGAUCUCCGAGGCAACACUCCUAGCCUGGUCAUCGAUGGACGGAGAGAGCCCACGGUCGGGCUCAAACCAGGGCAGUGUGGCUCAUCUGAGCGAAGUCAACCAGGAGAGCAUCACCAGUCGAGAUCAGAUAUUGCAUCACUCCUCAGCAGAGGUGUGGCCUCACACAUAUGUCUCCCAGGGACACUACUGCCUCUCCUCCUCUGAUGCCUGGGAGCCGAUCAACAAUGAUCCCUCCGGUGUGGCGUCUCCCCCUGCUGGCUCCUACGUUAUGGGGAAUGAUGGGUAUGAUGGGCAAGCAGCAGCGCACUUCCUGUCGCAGCAACAGCAGCAACAGUUCAAUCUCCAGCAGCAGAAUCAACUACAACAGCUGCAGCAGAUCCAACAGAUCCAGCACUACCAGCAACAGCAGCUCCUGCAAUAUCAGCAACAACAGUCGCUGGAGCACAGGCUGCACAGUGCCAACCACUCUUUGCAAGCGACGCCCAACAGCACCAUCCACAGUCUGGUCCAUCAGGUUCACCCACCGCUGGUCGAUCUGUGGAACACAGGGCAGAUGGAGGCCUAUCAGACGGAGGCGGGAGGCUACAUGGGUGUGGCGGCAGUGGUGGAGCCGAGCCUCUGCGUUCCCUCUGGAGACGAGAUGGUGGGAACAGAACACUCCCCGCUGCUGGAGCAGCAGGAGGAAGAGGAGGUCAAGGAGGAAGAGGUGACACUCUGCUUGGAGCCAGAGUCGGCCACGUUGACUCCGCCCACACAGCAAGGGGAUGCCUCCGGUGGCAGUAGUCCAGGGCAACCGCCAGCAGAGCCAAUCACAGAGCGGAAGGGCUCCGAUGUCACCUCCGGCCUCGUUCAGACGCUAGAGGAGAGGGAAGAGGAGGAGGAGGGGCAGGCCGCUUCCAUGGCAACCAACUGAGUUCCUGGCUGUCAAGAGACUCCUUAUUACAAACUGACCAGGGAGUCAGCGAGGAAUGAGCGUACUAAUACAAUAUAUAUCUAUUAAUCUGUUCCUUUUUCAGGUAUCAAAAACACAGUUUUUUUGGUUGCGAGAUGAAAUGGUGAGAAACAGAUUUGAAAGCGGGACUCACAAUGAGAGAAGAGCUGAUGCAACAAAGGACACCUAUUUCUUUGUAAGCCUUACAUCCCAAAGGUAAAAGAGGAGAGGAGAGCGGUGGAGAAACUGAAGAGCAGGAGCAGGAGAAGGAGGAGCGCCAACUGACCGUGACAUUUCCAUCAGGGAAAUUAAACCACUUUGAGAUCAAGAGGGAGGGGGGCGGGAAGGAAACAUGCAUGCUUUUUAUGAAGACAAGCAACUCGACCCUGUCAUCAUCUUAUAAUGAUAAAGAAAAUCUAACAUAACAAAACAUUAUGAGAAUAAUUUUGUAAUAAAGAAAAAAACAAAACAAACAACAAAACAAAAAUCUAUGUAUUAGUGUAUGAUAAGAUAUAAUAGUUUUCCUUCAGGAGAACUACUCUGUUUACAGCUGUUACUCAACAUAUUAGAUAGUGUUUAAUCAAAAUUUCCCUGUUACAUCAAACACACACAGUAUACUUUCAUAGUCUGAACAAUAGCAACCCAAACAAUUUCACAAACGAUUAAAAUAAGCUGAGAAAAUGUUGGCAUUUCAGUGAAAUGCGGUUUAACCCUCUAAAAUAUUAAUACAUACUAAUAAAUUCUUCUAUCAUGUUGUGGCACCAGGAUGCCUGAGGCACAACCCAGGGACAGACCUGUCCUGCUGUCUGCACACACUAAACACUGCACAGAUAAGGAUUGUACUGUACGAUAGUGUGCUUCCUACUCUGUCUCUCUGUAUGCAUGUUUCUUCAGAGUACUAUGGAGUAUCUGUACUAUACAGCACUGUAUAGACUUUGCACUGACCCAUAGUAUCCCAGGUGGGGCCUGCGGUGCGGCUUGAACGGCAAGAUUCACGGCGCGAAUGACGGAGAAAUAAAGACAGAGCCGCAUAAGCGAAUCUCUUUUGCACUGAUGCAAUCCAACAGAUCUGAGGUUGUCUCUGGACUGUUGACGUUACCCGAUUCCCACUCUGAAAGCUUUCAGCACCACCGACAACCAAAACCGAGCCACUUAACAACAUGAACCCUCAGCUGCUUUUUCCAUAGACGUAGUCGUGAUUAAUUGAGGAUGACAACCACUAUUUUGAAUGUACUGGAAGACAGAUGGCAGUACAUGAUCCGAGGCCGUUCUAAACCUUAUUUUUUUUUAUGUCUCUCCGCGGCCCACAUGGGAGAGAAUCAAAUGCUUUCUUGAGAAGCAAAAGAUAAACAAGGGAUUCUGUGGGAAGGAGCUGUUGGAAACGGAUUCAUUGCUGGCUCACGUAGACCACCACUACACACACACACACACACACACACACA